CGGGGGCUUGAGAGUCGCGACGACGUCACACAAAAAGCGCCUGUUCAAAAAUGUGACAAAAAUAGUACUUGAGCCUCGACUAUUAAUUGGAUGGUUAGAAUUGAAAUAUUUUGUUUUUUUUGCUUGAGUGUGAGGAUACGCGUGGAAAAAUACACCUUGUGACAGUUCACUUGAAUGUAUGUCUAAUUUACACUUUUUGAUACCUUUUUUUGCUUGAAAGUCUGAUGGCAGCCACUGGAGCGGUGGGCGUGCUGAAGGAGACGUGAAGCCGCCACCACUCUCUCCUCUCUGCAUUCCUCCCACAUUUCCGUCGCGUCCCUUUGCAUCCUCCAUCAUGACGGUCGCUGCAAGGCACUGAGAGCAGACAGAAGAUGCUGACGUCCGACUCGCUCUACCACUUCCUCCUGGCUGGAACAUGUCUGUCUGUGUGUGGAAGUCCAGUCCUACAGCACCCAUCGGCAUCCAGGUCAAGAGAUGGCAGUCAUGCGGACGUGAGCUCACGUGGACUAACGUUGAAACCUUUAGGGGUCUCCAUCCAUAGUGACAACAAUUCCCAUGGGAAAUCCGGGCCGAGCACAUUUGAGACAAGAAGGAGGCAGGAAGCUGCACGUCAAAAAAGCACAAAGAAGAGCCACCGUGAAGCUUUGCUGAUUUCUACCAGAACAAGGACACAGAGAGACAUGGAGGACAUCAGCACACAUGACGAAGAUGCAGAGACAAACUGGACAUCUUCCACUGAGCGUUCCAAUUCAUCAUUCGGGAUCAAGAGUCCUGCCUCCUCCAGGGCCAUUCCUUCACCUGCGUCCCCUCAGACAUUCAUGGCUUUACCAUUGUUGGUUAAUGAAGGCCCAAUAUUGCCCACACCACCAGAACCACUCUUACCUGACAUUGAACCCAACAUGAUGCCCAAAGACGACAGCACUGAGAGCCUUUGGACUGAGGCCGCCAGAUCUGGUGGAGACACUGUUGCGCCGCCAUCUCAGGAGGACGCCACAGAGGCCACCAUGUCAUCUGAGGCCCUCCCUCUAAUUUUUGAGCCUCUGGAGGAAUCCGCGACAGACGGAGCCCAUCAAGCUCCGCCCGACAACUCCCUGUUUCCCACUGCCAUCAUGGUCACCCGAGGCACGCCCCUGUCGGAAGCAGACCGGGAGUUGAUGGUCACCACGCAGGCAGUCAAGGGAACCAUCCAGUCAGCCACCAUACAGACGGCAGACCUUGCAGACAAUGAUCAGAUUACCGUGGCGACGCAUCUGACUGUGCAGAAAUUCCGAUCAGGGUUAGACGACAGGGAGCUUGAGGAGGACCCAGAUGAGGAGAAUUCAGAGGAAUCCAUGGAGGAAGAGGAAAGCGAAGAAGACCUGAUGGAGACAACCAAAACAUCCAUGACGCAGCCUCCAUACAGCCUCAUCCCUCUACCGCCUGUUUGGGUCCAACGCAACCAAGGCCUGAUGCGCAGCUGGGUGGCGCUAAUCAAAGAAAAGGCAGGUUACGUGUCGGGUAUGUUGGCUCCGGUGGGCAUUGGCAUCGCGGGGGCCCUGCUCAUCGUGGGCGCCCUCUACAGCGUCAGGAGGCUUCAGCGCAAAAGGAGGAACAGCUUCAAACACCAGCGGAGGAAGGGCAGGCAAGCAGAGCAACCUCUGGAGGUCGGCACAAGCCGCCAGGAUCAGGCCAUGCUGUUGGCAGACAGCUCGGAGGACGAAUUCUGAUCAAAGAUGACGCCGGUGUUGGAAGUCAAGAUCGUCAUGACAACCGCAUACAUCACUCUUGAGUUGUUCCCCUAUGACUUUUCAAAAACAGUGUUCGGAGUGUCAGUGAAGGAGAGUGUAACCUUUCGCUUUGGAGCUUUACACUUUGACGUGGGGGGAAAAAAAUCAUUCAGCAGGGUGUAACCAGCGCAUAGAUUUGACGCAAGAAAGGGCUGAUUAAGUAAAAAUAGAUAUAAAAUAGAUAUAUAUAUUUACUGUAAAUGUGUCAUAUUAUUGUAAAGUUUACUUUAUGUUUCACGUAAAUCGUAUUUCAUAAGCAAAAUAGGUUGUUUGCCAUUUAUGAGGCAAUAGCUGGUUAGCUGAGCAAAACCUUCUUGGUUAGACCUGCUCAGUGGCGUUGUGGUUAGAGUGUCCGCCCCGAGGCUGGAAGGUCGUGAGUUCAAACCCUGGCUAAGUCAUACUAAAUGCAAUAAAAAUGGGACUCAUUACCUCCCUGCUAGGCGCUCAGCAUCAAGGGUUGGAAUUGGGGGUGAAAUCACCAAAAUGAGUCCCGAGCGCGGCCACCGCUGCUGCUCACUGCUCUCCUCACCUCCCAGGGGGUGGAACAAGAUGGGUCAAAUGCAGAGGAUAAUUUCGCCACACCUAGUGUGUGUGACUAAAAAUCACACACCACAGCCGCCAACUUCAUUUAAGAUAUAAGCUUAUCAAUUAGCUCAUUUUUUUGAUUGUUAAUUAAAUUUGUACUUAACUUAUAAAAAGAACGAGGCCAGUGGGUGCCAAAUGUAAAAGUUCAGUCAGUGUGACAUUUCUCAGAAAUUUACUUUAUUUGCAACACAAUUUGCACACGCACACAUCUGGAGCUAACAUUUAAAAACAUAUGCAACUUUGUGGUCAUUAAGCAUCAGUCAUGUUUCCUUCUUCUGCAGUAAGAAAGGUGGCAUCCUUAGUGAGAGAUUUAGCGCUCACAUUUAGAUGGACAUCUAAGAUUUAGGUUUUACCGUAUUUCCUUGAAUUGCCGCCGGGGCGCUAAUAAUUUAAAACCUCUUCUCACUCCUGCGCUCAUCAAAGGCACGCGGUCAAAAUUUGAGUGUGAUGUAAGCUUGGACCUUAAAUCCUACUUAGUAGCUCUUAAUCUUCUUCCCUUUAUGCGAUUUCUUAAUAACGGUAUUGAAAUCAGCCUCCUCCAUUUUGAAAAUGAUGACAGGGGAAGUGUCACGAGUUUGACCAGGCGGUAAUACUAAGUAUGCGCUAAUUAUUUUGCGAAGCGAGUUUAACCCGGCAGUAAUUCAAGGCAGGCGCAUACUAUAUGCCCUGCGGCUAUUCAAGGAAAUACGGUAUAUUUAACAGAUGCAUAUUUAACAUCCAUCCAUUUUCUACCGCUUAUUCCCUUUCGGGGUCGCGGGGGACGCUGGCGCCUAUCUCAGCUACAAUCGGGCGGAAGGCAGGGUACACCCUGGACAAGUCGCCACCUCAUCGCAGGGCCAACACAGAUAGACAGACAACAUUCACACUCACAUUCACACACUAGGGCCAAUUUAGUGUGGCCAAUCAACCUAUCCCCAGGUGCAUGUCUUUGGAAGUGGGAGGAAGCCGGAGUACCCGGAGGGAACCCACGCAUUCACGGGGAGAACAUGCAAACUCCACACAGAAAGAUCCCGAGCCUGGAUUUGAACCCAGGACUGCAGGGACUUCGUAUUGUGAGGCAGACGCACUAUAUUUAACAUGUCAUUUUAUAUUCAAGAUUUAGGUUUUGGUUUAACAUUUAGAUAUAAAAUUUAGAGUCAACAUUUAAUUUAAACUUCAAUGUGAUGAAAAUGAGCUAAAUCUGACAAAAUACACUGUAUUGCCAAAAGUAUUUGGCCACCCAUCCAAAUGAUCAGAAUCAGGUGUUCUAAUCACUUGGCCCGGCCACAGGUGUAUAACAUUAAGCACUUAGGCAUGGAGACUGUUUCUACAAACAUUUGUGAAAGAAUGGGCCGCUCUCAGUGAUUACCAGCGUGGAACUGUCAUAGGAUGCCACCUGUGCAACAAAUGCUGUCGUGAAAUUUCCUCGCUCCUAAAUAUUCCAAAGUCAAAUGUCGGCUUUGUUAUAAGAAAAGUGAAGAGUUGGGGAACAACAGCAAGUCAGCCACCAAGUGGUAGGCCACGUAAACUGACAGAGAGGGAUCAGCGGAUGCUGAAGCGCAUAGGGCAAAGAGGUCGCCGACUUUCUGCAGUCAGUUGCUGCAGAGCUCCCAACUUCAUUUGACCUUCCAAUUAGCCCACGUACAGUACGCAGAGAGCUUCAUGGAACGGGUUUCCAUGGCCUUGCAGCUGCAUCUAAGCCAUACAUCACCAAGUCCAAUGCAAAGCGUCGGAUGCAGUUGUAUAAAGCAGGUCGCCACUGGACUCUAGAGCAGUGGAGACGCGUUUUCUGGAGUGAUGAAUCACGCUUUUCCAUCUGGCAAUUUGAUGGAUGAGUCUGGGUUUGGAGGUUGCCAGGAGAACGCUACAAUUCGAACUGCAUUGUGCCGAGUGUGAAAUUUGGUGGAAGAGGAAUUAUGGUGUGGGGUUGUUUUUCAGGAUAUGGGCUUGGCCCCUUAGUUCCAGUGAAAAUAACUUUAAAUGCUCCAGGAUACCAAAACAUUUUGGACAAUUCCAUGCUCCCAACCUUGUAAGAACAGUUUGGAGCGGGCCCCUUCCUCUUCCAACAUGACUGUGCACCAGUGCACAAAGCAAGGUUCAUAAAGACAUGGACGAUAGAGUCUGGUUUGGAUGACGCUUGACUGGCCUGCACAGAGUCCUGACCUGAAGUUAAAGUAAAGUUAAAGUACCAAUGAUUGUCCCACACACACUAGGUGUGGGGAAAUGUGUCCUCUGCAUUUGACCCAUCCCCUUAAUCACCCCAGGGGAACUGAGGGGAGCAGUGGGCAGCAGCGGUUCUGCGCCCGGGAAUCAUUUAUGGUGAUUUAACCCCCAAUUCCAACCCUUGAUGCUGAGUUCCAAGCAGGGCACAAUGGGUGCCAUUUUUUUAUAGUCUUUGGUAUUUUAACUCCCAACCUACCGAUCUCAGGGUGGACACUCUAACCACUAGGCAACUGUGUAGGUGAACCCGACAGAACACCUUUGGGAUGAAUUAGAACGGAGACUGAGAGCCAGGCCUUCUCGACCAACAUCAGUGUGUGACCUCACCAAUGUGAUUUUGGAAGAAUGGUGGAAAAUUCCAAUAAACACACUCCACAACCUUGUGGAAAGCCUUCCCAGAAGAGUUGAAGCAUCAAUAGCUGCAGAAGAUGGACCAACGUCAUAUUGAACCCUAUGGGUUAGGAAUAGGAUGGCAUUUCAAGUUCAUAUGUGAGUCAAGGCACAUGGCCAAAUACUUUUAGCAAUAUAGUGUAUAUCUGCUAGAAAAGUGUGACUGAUCUUUUACAUUCAGCACUCCAAAGCCAACGUGUCAAGGGCGAUAGCUUCUUCAAAGCAAAGUGUUGCGAUCUCAUCAAAUUAACUUGAAUUUUGUCGUUUUUGUCAGUGUAAAAAGAAUCUGGGUGACUACUUGUCACUUUUGUGUUAUUGAUAAGAAAUCAGUGAUUUUAACUGCAAAAACACAACUUUGGUCAUUUUGUGGACGGCAUUUGUCUGAAAGGAACAAAUGAAAGUAUUACGUGAAAAAAAUGUCUGCUUCAAUUGGAGACUUUUGUUACACUUGCAAGAACAUUCUAUGUAUAGUCACAAGUUCAUGAAGUACAAACCCGUUUCCAUAUGAGUUGGGAAAUUGUGUUAGAUGUAAAUAUAAACAGAAUACAAUGACUUGCAAAUCAUUUUCAACCCAUAUUCAGUUGAAUAUGCUACAAAUACAACAUAUUUUAUGUUCAAACUGAUCAACAUUUUUUUUUUGCAAAUAGUCAUUAACUUUAGAAUUUGAUACCAGCAACACGUGACAAAGAAGUUGGGGAAGGUGGCAAUACAUACUGAUAAAGUUGAGGAAUGCUCAUCAGACACUUACUUGGAACAUCCCACACGUGUGCAGGCUAAUUGGGAACAGGUGGGUGCCAUGUUUGGGUAUAAAAACAGCUUCCCAAAAAAUGCUAAUGGUUUUCACAAGAAAGGAUGGGGCGAGGUACACCUCUUUUUCCACAACUGCGCGAGCAAAUAGUCAAACAGUUUAAGAACAACGUUUCUCAAAGUGCAAUUGCAAGAAAUUUAGGGAUUUCAACAUCUACGGUCCAUAAUAUCAUCAAAAGGUUCAGAGAAUCUGGAGAAAUCCUUCCAUGUAAGCAGCAUGGCUGGAAACCAACAUUGAAUGACCGUGACCUUCGAGCCCUCAGACGGCACUGUAUCAAAAACUGACAUCAAUCUCUAAAGGAUAUCACCACAUGGGCUCAGGAACACUUCAGAAAACCACUGUCACUAAAUACAGUUUGUCGCUACAUCUGUAAGUGCAAGUCAAAGCUCUACUAUGCAAAGCGAAAGCCAUUUAUCAACAACAUCCAGAAACGCAGCCGGCUUCUCUGGGCCCGAGAUCAUCUAAGAUGGACUGAUGCAAAGUGGAAAAGUGUUCUGUGGUCUGACCAGUCCACAUUUAAAAUAGUUUUUGGAAAUAUUCGACGUCGUGUUAUCCGGACCAAAGGGGAAGCGAAACAUCCAGACUGUUAUCGACGCACAUUUCAAAAGCCAGAAUCUGUGAUGGUAUGGGGGUGCAUUAGUGCCAAAGGCAUGGGUAACUUACACAUCUGUGAAGGCACCAUUAAUGCAGAAAGGUACAUAUAGGUUUUGGAACAACAUAUGCUGCCAUUUAAGCGCAGUCUUUUUCAUGGACGUCCCUGCUUAUUUCAGCAAGACAAUGCCAAGCCACAUUCAGCACGUGUUACAACAGCGUGGCUUCGUAAAAAAAAGAGUUUGGGUACUUUCCUGGACCGCCUGCAGUCCAGACCUGUCUCCAAUCGAAAAUGUUUGGCGCAUUAUGAACCGUAAAAUACGACAGCAGAGACCCCGGACUGUUGAACGACUGAAGCUCUACAUAAAACAAGAAUUGGAAAGAAUUCCACUUUCAAAGCUUCAACAAUUAGUUUCAACAGCUCCAUACUUGCCAACCUUGACACCUCCGAUUUUGGAAAUUGGGGGUUGGGGG